AUGAGGUACAUUAAGGAAGCCAUACUAUGCACAUUAGCACUGUUCCUAUGCAAGUGCUCAGUAGAAGAAACGGAAGAAAGCCCAUUUUAUGGAAGACACACGUCAGAUGAUUCAACAGUCAAUGAAUCAUGCAUUUCAAAUGAAUGUUCAUUUGAUAUAGCGACUAUAUCAUAUGAUCGUAGAGCAUCAACAAUUUCAGAUAUAUUAAAUACUAUUAAUAGUUUAAAUGAGAGCAGUAUGGCAGAAUGCGAAGCUACAUUUCCGGAAGAAAACAGAUCAAUAACUAGAAAUAGUUCUUUCACACUGUCAUGUGUGGCUGCAUCUAAAUAUAAAAAAAUAGACGAAAAACUAAUUAGGGACUUUAACAAUAACUGUAUGGCGUUAAAGUUCUUUUCAAAAGAUCAGAUUGAUGAUAUACUCAAAAAUUGGGAGUCUAUUCACGCAAAGUAUUUAGAAAUAAUUUCCAACGUAGAUGAUCCUCUAAUAGAAUUAAUUCAUGAUAUAGAAACCAACUCAGAAAUAAUAGCUAGCAAUGACUGCAAUGAAAAAACUACUGAAAUAGAAGAAUAUAUAAAGAAGAUAGAAGGAAUAUUUGGGAGUCAAAAUAUAAUAGAAGAAGACAGAAAAGGAUUGUAUGAAUGCUUGAAUGCUCUAAAAAAUGUUGGCGAAGAAAAUAUUAAACUUGUUUUUAAGAAUAGUAAUGAUAGGAUGCGCGGACUCCAUAAAAUAGUAGAUUCUGCCAAAAAUGCAAUUAAAGAUGAGUUUAAUAAAAUCUAUUUUCAGAGCUGUUUUAAACUAAAAAAGAAAAAAGUCUAUUUUCAGAAGAACAAGGAUAAAAAAGAAAUAAUCUGGAGAAUUGUUGAUUUAAUGAAUAUAAUUGUAAGGCUAGCAGAAAAAAUACAGAAUGGCAUACUUGAACCAAGCAAAUCUUUAAUAUCUGAUCUUGCUAAACAUGGAAUGAACGCGGAUAAUGACAUGCAAAUAGGAUCAAGUAGUCUAAAAGACUGUAUAAAAACAAUUGAGAGUAUAUUGUUUGCAGCAACUCCUGGGUUUAUUACUAUAGAAUUAACAAGUAAAAUGAAAAUGUUCGUAAGAGAUGAAAUGUUGAGCAUAAAAAAUAAGCAUAAUAAUAAUCCAAAUAUGAUUUGUAAACUUAUUAUAAGUGUCGUCUGUAAAAGUCUACUUAAUCACUUUAUUGCAGAGUCAAGUUCUUCCAGAGAUGUCUUUUUAUUUGGGUGCAACCUUAAAGCGAACUUUUCUGCAAUACAAGCAGGAAUAAAGUUCUAUCAUAUAUUAGAAAAUAUCGAACUACGAAGCAAAAAUGUAAAACAAUCUUCCCUGAGAGCAAGCAAAAGAAGAACAGUCACUUCCUAUUUUACAUCAUUAUUUGACAGAAAAAAUGGUUCUAUAACUGAACAAAUAAAAAGUGCUGAAAAUGAUUUAAAACAUGCACUGAUGGAAUCUUCACGUGAAUUAGAAAAUAAGAAACCUCCCUCAAAAAACAAUGUAUUUAUGUACUUGGGAAACAUAGACUACUUUGAACAGCCAUUUGAUAAUGAAUCCAAGUAUAAUAGAUUGAUUUCAGAAGUAUUCAGUUACAUCGAUUAUGAGAUGGAUAGUCUGAAUAAUACUUUUAAAAUGAAAAAUGAUACAUCUCAUAAUAUAAACGCGCUUGCUAUAUAUACAGUAUUGUUCUACCGUAUAAUGACACUUGCUUCAAUAGAAAAUAUUCUAAUCGAUAUGAAUUUCAUGGCAGUGUCAAAAUACGCAUUGCGAAUAGUUGCUAAUCAGUCAGAUGAGCAGAAGUAUAUUAUGAAUUUUUUGCUUAACCCAGAUAGUAUACUUUCUUUCGAAUAAACUACAAUAUGAUUAGAAG